AUGGCACCAGAUGUUGAUGUGCUGGGGAAGGAGAAGGGGAAGCUCCCCCCUCCGAACCCCACAUUGAUGGCUGCCAAGAAAGGCUUAGUUCAACGACCUACCUGGGUACCUGGGUCGGGAGCAUGCGCUACCUGCCUGCAUUGCGCAACACACCUCACCUCCCAACUCGGAGCUCGAGACACCUACCCUCUCCAUCGAACGUCACUAAGCAAGAGGUGUUGGCCGUGUAAAUUGUCUCCAGCUCACACUUUCAAAGCAUUUCUUGCGCAGCCUUUUUCAACCUCGACCUCACGAAUAACAGUUUACAGCCAUUUAACAAUGGAGGACCCCUGGGCCGACUCGGCCGGCACCUCUCAGGCGACCGACGACACCACGACCACGACCACAACCCCCUCGACCACCACCACCAGCACCGCUCCCGCGCCGGCGACGGCAGCUCCCACAUCUUCUUCUUCUUCCUCCCGCCCGUCGAGAAUCACACCCCGCCGGCUGAUCGCCAAACCGACCCAGCUCCAAGCAGUAGAAGAUGACCCCCUCGGUCCUCUGGGAGCAGCUACCCCGCCCGCGACCACUCCCGCCGCCGCGGAGGAUGUCUCCCCCCCGGUGCCGCCCUCGAAAGAACUCCCCCUCCGAACCACAAUGCCCGCUCCUCUUGGCGGUGCCAAGCGAGCCGGCCCCCCAGAUCCGCACAGGAUCGAUGACGAUGAUGACGAGGGCAGUUUGUUUGCUGCUUCUGGACCGAGACAGCCCCCGCCGGUGCAAGGGGCGUUGCCUAGCCCGGUGAGGACGACGACGGGGGCGCCGCCGAGUGUGAGUGUUGAGCAGGCGGCGAAGCCGGUGUUUAGCAUCACGGUGGGGGAUCCGCACAAGGUGGGGGAUUUGACUAGUAGUCAUAUCGUUUAUUCUGUUAGGACGAAGACUACCUCCAAGGCGUAUAAAAACCCCGAAUUCGAAGUCAAGCGCCGGUAUCGCGAUUUCUUGUGGCUUUACACCACGCUUCAUGGCAACAAUCCCGGUGUUGUUGUCCCGCCUCCUCCGGAGAAGCAGGCGGUGGGGAGGUUUGAGAGUAAUUUUGUCGAGGCGAGGAGGGCGGCGUUGGAGAAGAUGCUAAAUAAAAUUGCGGGGCAUCCGCAACUGGGGCUGGAUGGGGAUUUGAAGCUGUUUCUGGAGAGUGAGAGUUUCAAUAUUGAUGUCAAGCACAAGGAGAGGAAGGAGGUGAAUUUGGGGGGGGAGUCCAAGGGGGUGCUUGGAAGCUUGGGGUUUGGGGGUGGGGGGAGCAAGUUUGUGGAGCAGGAUGAUUGGUUUCAUGAGAGGAGGGUGUAUCUGGAUGCGCUGGAGAAUCAGUUGAAGGCGUUGCUGAAGGCGAUGGAUGGGAUGGUGCUGCAGAGGAAGGCUAUGGCGGAGGCGGCGGGGGAUUUUUCGGCGAGCUUGCAUGCUUUGUCUACUGUGGAACUGUCGCCUACGCUGUCGGGGCCGCUGGAUGCGUUAUCCGAACUGCAGCUCACCAUUCGCGAUGUUUACGACCGCCAGGCCCAACAGGAUGUGCUGACCUUUGGGAUUAUCAUUGAGGAGUAUAUCCGGUUGAUCGGGAGUGUGAAGCAGAGCUUCUUGCAGAGACAGAAGGCGUUUCACAGCUGGCACAGUGCCGAGGGGGAGAUGCAGAAGCGGAAGGCGGCGCAGGAUAAGCUUCUGAGACAGGGGAAGAGCCAGCAGGACAGGCUGAACCAGGUCAGUGCUGAGGUUGCUGACGCGGAGAGGAAGGUUCACCAGACAAGGCUGUUGUUUGACGAUAUGGGGCGGUUGAUGAGGGCGGAACUGGACAGGUUUGAGAGGGAGAAGGUGGAGGAUUUCAAGAGUGCCGUGGAGACGUAUUUGGAGAGUGCGGUUGAGGCUCAGAAGGAGCUUAUCGAGAAAUGGGAGACAUUCCUCAUGCAGCUCGACGCCGAGGACGACGAGACUGUCUUUUACAGACCACCGGUUGUGCAGGCCAACAAGCCGGCUGGCAACACGGCGGUGGAUAGGGCUCGUGCUAGGAUUGAUGAGGACUCGGAUUAG